AUGUACACCGCUAGGACCGAGGGAACACCAUUAGCACCGGGGGCACUACUCCAGCGACGGGGGCACACCUCCAGCACCAGGUGUAUACCUCCAGCAUCCGGGCCACACCUCAAGCAACGAGUGUACACAACCACCAUCGGAUUUACACCUCCAGCACCGGGGGCACACCUCAACAACAGGGUAUACACCACCAGCACGGGGGCACACCUCCAGCACCUGGGGGCACAUAACCAGCACAGGAUGCACACCCCCUUGGGCACACCUCAAAAACAGGGUAUACACCACCAGUAUCGGAUGCACACAUCUAGCACAGGGGGCACACCUCCACCACCGUGGUCACACCUCCAGCACCAGGUCACCGGGAGUACACAACUAGCACCGGGCGCAAACAACCAGCACCGGGUGCACACAACUAGCACCAGGGGACACACCUUCAGCACAGGAUUUACAACAUCAGCACCAGGGCACACAACAAGCACCUGGGGCACACCCACAGCACCGGGGACACAGGUCCAGCACAGUGUGUACACUUCACAUCCAACACAGGCUGCACACAACCAUCAUCGGGUGCACACAACCAACACCGGGUGUUUACCUCCAGCACCGGUUGCACACAACCAGCACCGCGCGCACAUCUCCAGCACCGGGCGCACACAACCAGCACCGGGUGCACACACCCAGCACCGGGUGUACACAACCAGCACCGGGUGCACACACCCAGCACCGGGUGUACACAACCAGCACCGGGCGCACACAACCAGCACCGGGUGCACACACCCAGCACCGGGUGUACACAACCAGCACCGGGUGCACACACCCAGCACCGGGUGUACACAACCAGCACCGGGCGCACACAACCAGCACCGGGUGCACACACCCAGCACCGGGCGCACACAACCAGCACCGGGUGCACACACCCAGCACCGGGUGCACACACCCAGCACCGGGCGCACACAACCAGCACCGGCUGCACACACCCAGCACCGGGUGUACACCUCUUACACCUGA